UACCCACGGAAUCGGUCUCACCAUGAAAAUAUUUAAUUGAUUGUCGUUAAACAAGUAAAACAAGUAACUAACUAUAUGGGAUGUAUUGAGUGAUGCCAUGAUGCUUUAGUUUGAACCAGAUAAUAAUCCAGUAAAUAUGCAUCAGAGUAAAGUGAUUAAAACCGUUUACGUUUUAAGUCUCCUGCCGAUUAUUAUAGUGACAGCUAUUAAAGUUUGUUUCAAGAUACAGGAUUAUAAUUUGUUGAACUUCAUUGGAAAAAAUUGUUACGAUAAUCCAGUGGUUAAUCAAAAUAUAAGUGAAAUAAUUCAAAGUUGGCGAGGUUUCAGAGCAGAAGAGCAUUACAUUGUAACUGAAGAUGGCUACAGAUUAUUGGUAGAACGAUCAUAUUCGAAGAUUACACAAAAAACUCCAAUAAUUAUAGUUCAUGGAAUAGCUAUGAGUGCCUUGGGAUGGGUGAAUAGAGGCAAUGUAUCUUUAGCACGAUUAUUAGGUGAUUUAGGAUAUGACGUUUGGAUGCUGAACUAUAGAGGCACAUGGUAUAGUAAAGGACAUGUGAACUUAACAACAGAAGAUCCAAAUUAUUGGAAAUAUACCUUACACGAGUUGGGUGUAUAUGAUGUCCGUUCCAUAAUAAAAUUAGUAAACGAAAAAACAAGGCAGAUUCCUAUUUACAUAGGGUAUUCUAUGGGAACCACAGGAUUUUUUAUUUAUUCCACAUCUUAUCCAGAAGAAGCUAAAAGCAAUGUAAAGGCUAUGAUAGGCCUCGCUCCAGUGACUAAUUAUAAGGAAUCAAAAUCCAUAGCUAAAUAUACAUCAUACUGGUGGCCAUUGUUCAAAAGUCUCAUUUAUAGAUUUUGGAAUGGUGAAAUUCUACCUGGUUAUUCACUGUUUUUAAGACCAUUAGUACGAUUUUCUAGUGGAAUAUAUAUGAUACAGUCAUUUGCUAACCUCAUUUUUGGCGAUGAUUUUGAACAAAUUGAUGCAUUGACUUACCCACAAUUCGCUACUCAAUUAAUAGACACUGCUGGUGUGGAAGUGUACUCUCAUUAUCUACAGUUUUACGAAACAGACCGUUUUGGCCAGUUCGAUUUUGGAACGGAAAAAAAUUUAAAGGAAUAUGGUACACCGACUCCGCCUGUAUACGAUUUAUUAAAAAACCAAGUGCCCAUUGCUUUGAGCGUUGCAGAAAACGAUUGGCUAGCUACUAUGGUGGGCUCUAACUAUACCUAUUCACAACUGAGCUCCUCUACAAGAUGUGGUUUUCGCGUUGUGCCUUAUAAAAAAUGGAAUCAUAUUGAUUAUCUAGUGGCUAAAGAUCUGCCGAAAUAUUUAUACAAAUAUUUAUUUCAAAAAAUUAAAGAAUUGGACGAAGGCUUAUGUACAUCGACUUAAUAGUAUACAAUAAUUAAAUCAAAAUAAAUUAUAUUAAAAAAGUGAUUUAUU